UUGUUGGCAGGCACGACAUGGAAGCUUCAGCUUCGUUGUCAAACAUACCUAUUGACAUUAUUCGACAUAUACUUUUGCAGUCGCCGGUGAAAUCUGUGAUCCGGUGCCAAUGCGUAUGUAAACAGUGGCGUUCGUUGAUACAAGACGACUCAGAUUUCAAGCUAUCGUAUCGUGGACAAAAACGAGUGAUCAUCCUCUUGGACGAAUUCGACAGAUUCGUCGUUAGAUCCACAAGCCAUGAUCUUCGUCUUCAAAGGCAUAAAUGGCCGUUCGGAGAGGGUUAUCAAUUGAUUCGUGCAAGAAACAAAUACUUUGUUACAUUAUUGUGUUAUUGCAAUGGGCUUGUGCUUGUGGUGACGGAGAGAGAUCUUUUAUUGUGGAAUCUGUCCUCCAGGUGUUCGACGAAAGUUCUUGAGCGGCCAUAUCCAUAUCCGGAGUCUAUCCUUGCAGGGUUAUGUUAUGACUCCUGCACUAGAGAUUACAAGGCCGUCCUAGUACAUUACAGCGCUUAUGGCCCUAAACUAGUCCUCUCUGCCAGCCUCAACCACAAAGAGUGGCGACCAAUUGAGUUCCCUUAUAGUUGCUUGCAUAGUUCUAUUAAAUGUGGUGUUAACUUCCGCAAUACAUUUUAUUGGUGGGUGGUAAGUGGAAUCAAUCAGGAUUGGGAUAUCUUGUAUUGGGAUAAUAAGAUCAUAUAUUUUGAUCCUGUGAGUGAUGAAUUCAGAAACUUGCUCACCCCGAACUAGGAAGAGAAAACUUGAUAGUGGGGUUGGGGGUUAUAGAUGACUGUCUUUGCAUGGCACAGGGAGAAGAUCCCAAUUCAACCAAAACCAACAAGAUACAAGUAUUCAUUAUGAAGGAAUAUGGCAGACAAGAAUCAUGGGUCACUGCGUUUGCUAUCCAAACGCCUGAAUUUAUAGAUAGGUUUGGAAGGUAUGGUGACACAAUAACAUUCUGAUCUCUAGAAAAGGAUGCACAAGAAAUAUUAUUCCAUAGUCCCCCGAGUUGGCAUGGGCACCAAGUAUGUGUUUAUAAUUGGAAAAAAGACGAAGUGAAGGACUUCCUGACCAAAGCAGGUCAUGGAGACUUUGUUAUUAGUGUGUGUUUCUAUGUUGAAAGUCUUGCUUGC